CUGCUCGAGAAACUACGGGAUGUGACUGCACUGUUCUAUGAAUUGGAGUUGCGGGCAAGUGAUUUUGGUGCAAGCUCGUCAAAUGACCAGCUAUUCGAGAGAAUUAAUGAUCUCGUCAGCAAGUACGCUGAACUCGAUGACUUGCAGAAGGCCGUUGACAUUGACAUCCCACAAGACGUGCUGGAAUAUAUCGAGGCAGGCCGAAAUCCCACAGUCUACACAAGGCAAUUCUCAGAAGCGGUCGUGCGCGAUAAUCAGUAUCUGAAUGGAAAGCUGCAGGGCUACGAAGACUUUGCUAGCUGCCUUCUCGACGAGCUUCAACGGCAGUUCCCAGAGACAAAGACG